AUGGCGACCGAUGAGCGCUGCCGCUGGCUGGUGAACAGGAAGCGGGUCAACUCCCCAGCUGUCACUUUGUCUCUGGUCAGGAUGGACAACAGCAGUGAGGAACUCAUCUCGGUGGACGUGGUUCCUGCUCUGGAGAUUCACCCGUCACAGGGCUGGCCGUGCACCGCCCGUAACGGCCCAAACGUGGACAACUGGCUCGGGAAGAAAAACUGACAACAAAUCAAAAGUUUGCCCUGCUACUUUGUGCCCAAGAGGAUGAAGGGGAGGAAGCUGAGCGAGGCGGCCAAAGAGAGUUGGAGGAUAUCUUUCUCUCACAUUGAGAAAAAAAACAUCUUGUUUCAUGGCAACAAGAAGACCUGCUGUGAAAGCACUGCCACCAAAUGCUGCCGUAAGCAGUGCCUGAAGCUCCUCAAGUGCCUGAUCGAGGGCCUCAAACAUCGAUUCCCUCGGGAGCUGGACCACCUGUGCUCGUACCACGGGAAGACUGCCUUCCUCCACACCCUGUCCAUCAGGUUCAAGGACUCCAUGUGGGCUCGCCACCUGCUACCUGUCUGCUUCCUGCACCUGCUGGGGGCGCUAGAGGGCUACGCACGCAGCGGCCUGGCUCACUUCUUCGUCCCCGACUGCAACCUGUUUUCCCCGGAUCACUUCCCCCGCCGCUCGCUGGCCGUCCUGACCGUGGCUGUGGAGGAGCAGAGGAGGGAGGGCCUGCCACUGCUGGUGCCCCCGGCUCCUGCUGCCCCGCUGGCCGCCUUGGGCAGCCCGAUGAGCCCAGAGCCACGCCCGGCCUCCUCCUCCAGCAACAGGCCUCAAACACUGUCAGAGAGCCGACUGAACACCGACUUUUUAAUGAAGCUCGUCCUGCCGCUUGCCAUAGUGUUCAUUUCUGUCCUGUUUGUCAUGUAA